AUGGAGUUAAUGGACGGUGGUUUGAGCAGCUAUUGCAGUGUAAUUACUGUGUUCUUCCAGAUCUGGUUGCCAUCAUCAACAAUACACAGCCCAGAGAGCCAUUCACACCCCAGAGAGCCAUUCACAUCCCAGAGAGCCAUUCACAGCCCAGAGAGCCAUUCACAGCCCGGAGAGCCAUUCACAUCCCGGAGAGCCAUUCACAGCACAGAGAGCCAUUCACAUCCCGGAGAGCCAUUCACAGCCCGGAGAGUUAUUCACAGCCCAGAGAGCCAUUCACAGCCCAGACAGCCAUUCACAGAGCAGAGAGCCAUACACAGCCCGGAGAGCCAUUCACAGCCCAGAGAGCCAUCCACAGCCCAGAGAGCCAUUCACAGCCCAGAGAGCCAUCGAGAGCCCAGAGAGCCAUUCACAGCCCAGAGAGCCAUUCACAACCCAGAAAGCCAUACACAGCCCAGAGAGCCAUUAACAGCCCAGAGAGCCAUUCACAGCCCAGAGAGCCAUACACAGCCUAGAGAUCCAUUCACAGCCCAGAGAGCCAUACACAGCCCAGAGAGCCAUUCACAGCCCAGAGAGCCAUUGUUUUUAUUUUAA